AUGAAUGGGUAUCCCCUAUAUGAAGAUCCAAAUAACAAUAACAACAAUGGACAAUCUUCAGUCCCAAUAUUUCCCGGAUUAUCACGAACGACUUCAUCAUCAUCUUCCAUCCAACAUUUCAACUCUAACCCUACCCCAGACCCCUAUACCUAUCUUCAUUCUCAACUCGGUGCGUCGAGCUUGCACUCUCAACUCGGAGCAUCGAGCUUGAGAGGCAUUGUACCGAAUCUGAAACCUACCUCGUUCAAUUCUUUCAAUCCUGAUGAUUACGUUUCCACCCUCAUUGAUCCCCAACAACAACAACAAAGCACAGCAGAAGCUUUCACGCAGAUCAUCCAACAACAUCAUGGUAACGGAGAUGGACAUGGACCGAGUAAAAUUUCCGGUAUAGCCAAGAAGAAAUCGGCCAAAAAGUUUCAUGGAGCCGAAGGGUUGGGGAAGAAUGGUGAACCGAGGAAGAAAAGGACAAAGAGGUCGUCUGGAAAAGCUUGUGUGUACUGUAGAAGGAGUCAUAUGGUCUGUGAAGGUGGAAGACCUUGUGAGAGGUGUAUAAAACGCGAAAUCCCUCAUCUAUGUCGAGAUUUCACACCACCACCUCAUCACCCUACUCAUUCCCACUCGCAUCAGUCGGAAGCAAGCCAAAUGACCGAAUCGCCAUCUCAAGUCAGUGGUGCAGAAUCUUCUUCCGCCAAUACUGUACAACCCUCGGCACAACCUUCAGCACAACCGACGUUGAUACCUACUCUUCCUCAGCAGAAUCAACAACAACAACAGCAACAGAUACCCAUGUACACUGACCCCAACUUCCCUCCGUCAUGGCCAUUACUUCCCAAUACAUCCAACCAAAUGCAGUUCAACUCUGCACCUUCCCAACUCAAUCAGACAUUAUCUCAGCAAACUCCUCCGGUGAAAUUAGAACCUGAUUUGACAGGAAAUGGGAAUGUGAAUUCGAAUGGCGAUGGGAGUAUGCCUCCUCCAUCUUGGGGUAAUUCGAAUGACGAUUCGGAACUAGCUGCUUUGAACAAAUUCAUGAAAGACUUGGGUGUGCCUGCACUCCCAGGUGAUUUCUUCAGCUUUAUGCAGUCACUGGAUGGUAAUGAUCCCAACAACUCUCUUCAAGUGCCCAUGUCAGAUGAUAUCGGUACAAGUACAACCAAUACACCAGACUUUGCCAAUCUCUCUUCUCAGAACCUGAUAGGGGCGUUCGGUGGAUCGAGUAAUUACAAAGGCAAAGGAAAGGUCGUACCCAUGUCAAGGAUCGAUAAAUUCAUGAUGGCCGCUGCGGACCAACCUAAUGGAAGUCGAGCGGCAAGAUUGGCUCAGGUGAUUAAAGCGAAGUACGAUGCGGGUCUGUUGAAACCAUAUGACUAUGUGAAGGGUUAUGAGAGGAUGAACAAGUGGAUGGAAUCUGGCAGGGCUGCUCCAAGGAUAGAAAGUAGAGCAGGCAGCGAGACGGACAGUCCGGCUCCGGGAGGAAUAGGAAGGAAUGGCAGACUGCCGUUGACGGGCCUCACACCUCAUCAGGCUUUGGGUAAAAGCAUAUCACCCGAUUCGCGCCGACGUAUAUUAGCUGCUUUAGCUGGAUUCAGACCGAAAUUCAGACAGAUAGCUAGAACACUCACGAAUGUGGAUUUGGUAUUUGUAGAAGAGGCUAUGGAAAGGUGGAUGUUGGAGUAUGACAGGACAUUUGCAUCUAUUCACACCCCAUCAUGCAUAUGGCGACGAACAGGUGAAAUCCAAAAGGCCAAUCAAGAAUUUUCCAACUUGACUGGUAUACCUGCGUCCAUGUUUAGAGAUGGACAACUGUGCGUGUACGAAUUGAUGGAUGAAGAAAGUGCUGUUAGGUAUUGGGAGGGAUAUGCUAAGAUAGCUUUUGAUCAGAAUCAAAGAUCAAUGUACAUCUCCUGUACCUUACACAUCCCCUUAUCCCUAACUCGACAUAAACCUCGACACCUAUCUGCUGCACCUACUCCCAACCCAUCAAAAUCUGCUUUCCCCGCUCCACCACCUCCUGAUCUAGCUUUACCACAGAGUUUCCACGAUGGUGCAUCAGAUAAUGGUAUGAUGGAUGAGUUCAGGGAGAUCAAAUGCUGUUUUAGUGUGACCAUCAGGAGGGAUACGUGGGGUGUGCCAGUUGCAAUAAUGGGACAGUGGAUUCCUAUACAAGGAUGA